AUGGCUUCUGCUACGGGUAUCCCCCAAGAACAUCCCGACACCAUCCAAGAGCAGGAGGAUGCGCCCCUGCUGCAUACCCCGGGAAAUGUGCCCCAGAAAGAAAACGCUGCUAUCUACCAGAACCUCUUUACAGGCACGGCCAGUGCAGCUCAAAUCGGAAUCUGGAUGCUGGCCAUCCUCGUCUGGACGGGUAUCUUAUCUCACCCGUUGAUAUUCUUCUCCGCUCAUCCCCUCCUCAACUCCGCUGCCCUUCUGCUUCAAGUCCAAGCCACUCUCAUCCUCCAACCCACCACCACUCCUCACCAAAAGCGCCUCGGAACCAUCAUCCAUUACAUCAUCCAGACCCUCAGCCUCCUCGGUUUCAUCACUGCUUUCAUCAUCAUCGAGAUCAACAAGGGCGACCAUGCUCGCUUUACCUCCCCGCACGGCAUCCUCGGUCUCAUCACCUAUAUCUUCAUCAUCCUGCAGGUCCUGGUAGGUGUCGUGCAGUACUUCGUCCCUGUCCAGGUCCUGGGUAGUGUGGAGAAGGGCAAGACCAUCUACAAGUACCAUCGCAAGUCAGGCUACGUGUUGCUGCUCUUGGAACUGGCAACUGUGUCGGCGGCAACUCAGACUACUUACAAUCUCAACGUAUUGAGUAUUCCGUUGUGGGGAGUGCUGGUGGCCUCGGUCUUGGUUAUCCUGGGAUUGGGAGCGAGGAUCAAGAAGCAUAAGUUGGGGUUGCUGUUCGGCCGUCGUCCGUUCUCCUCGUCUACCCGACGAGCAGACAUCAUCCGCCCCGCGACGGCCCCCAAACCCACCCCGGACAUCAAGCACAUCCGCCAAAACCCAGAGCUCUACUCCAAGAACUGCGUCGACCGCAACUAUCCCGCCCACGCAGAAUACCCUCUCAAGAUCCAGCAGCUGACCGAUGAAGCGCGACGUCUCGACCAAGAUCUCAAGACCCCCCGAGCCCGCAUCAAGGAAUUGGAGAAAGCCAUCGCCAAAGUCGCCAGUGCCGCCAACAAUGACUCUUCCUCCGACCUGACCUCCCUCCGCGCCGAGGCCACUCGUCUCAAAGAUGACUCCAACAACAUGUCAACCCGGAAAACCACCUGCACCGAGGAAAUCCACCGACUCGCCCUCUCCCUCCCCAACCUCUCCUCCACCCACACCCCAAUCGGCGCCGACCCAACCCUGAUCAACUACAUCAACUUCGACCCUCAAUCACCCCCGGAAUGGGUGACACGCCCCGAUCCAAACCGCUCCCACGUCACCAUCGGCACCAAGCUCGGUCUCCUCGACUUCACCAGCUCGGCCAUCACCACCGGCUGGGGCUGGUACUUCCUGACCAACGAGGGCGCCCUCCUCGAACAAGCCCUCGUCCAAUACGCCCUCAGCGUGGCCCGCCGCCACGGCUGGAAAGCCGUGUCCCCUCCCUCGCUCGUAUACUCCUACAUCGCCGAAGCCUGCGGCUUCCAGCCGCGCGACCAGCACAAUGAGCAACAGAUCUGGACCAUCGAGCAAACCGAAAAGGACAAGUCCAAGCCCCAACGCUCCCUCGCCGGCACCGCCGAAAUCCCUCUCGCAGCCAUGCACGCCGGCCGCGACAUCCCCGCCAGUCAACUCCCCCUCCGUCUCGUCGGCCCCAGCCGGUGCUACCGCGCCGAAGCCGGCUCCCGCGGCGUCGACACAAAGGGUCUGUACCGUGUGCACGAAUUCACCAAGGUCGAGAUGUUCGCCUGGGCGGAUAACCUCCCUGACUCUACCAAUACCACAUCCACCUCGGACGACCUCUUCGCAGAGCUCCUCUCCAUCCAGACGGAGAUCCUCACCGCUCUGAACCUCCCCGCCCGUGUCCUGGAGAUGCCCACCUCCGACUUGGGCGCCAGCGCCAGCCGCAAACGCGAUAUCGAAGUCCUCUUCCCGUCGAGACUGCGUGCCGGGGACCUUGAGUCUGGCUGGGGCGAGGUCACUUCCGCGUCUAUCUGUACCGAUUACCAGAGUCGUCGGCUGGGGACCCGUGUGCGUGGCGGUGCGGCUAAGGAGUCGCGGUUCCCGCAUACGGUGAAUGGAACGGCGAUGGCGGUUCCUCGCGUGCUGGCUGCUAUUCUGGAGAAUGGAUGGGAUGCGGAGAGAGGAGUGGUGGUUGUGCCGGAGGUGUUGAGGGGGUUUAUGGGUGGGAUGGAGGUUAUUGGGGAGCAGUGA